AUGAAUGUCAAGCGCUCAAGGUCCAAGUGCCACGGCUGGAUUUUCUUGCCUCUGUUGGGAAACAUCUGUCGCAAUCGUUCGGAUGGACCUCAGCUGAUCUGCGGCCGGACCGUGGAGGGAUCUGGACCGUGGGAGCCUCACCGUGGGGAUGCCACGCUGCAAUUAAAGCCAAAAAGAAGCGCAGUUCUGGGGAAGGAGGACAGCAUGUCGGCGGUGAUGAUAACGCGAAAGGUGCGAAAAUGGGAGAAGCUGCCGGGGAAGAACACUUUCUGCUGCGACGGGCGCGUCAUGAUGGCCCGCCAGAAGGGGGUCUUCUACCUGACCAUGUUCCUCAUCGUCGGGACCUGCUCGCUGUUCUUCGCUUUCGAAUGUCCAUACCUGGCUAUCCAUCUGUCCCCUGCCAUCCCAGUUUUUGCUGCCCUGCUCUUCUUGUUUGUGAUGGCCAUGUUGCUGAGGACCAGCUUCAGUGACCCGGGGGUGCUCCCGCGGGCUCUCCCAGAGGAAGCAACUUUCAUCGAGAUGGAAAUCGAAGCCGCCAAUGGCAAUGUUCCCGCCGGCCAGCGGCCGCCGCCUCGAAUCCGCAACGUCCAGAUCAACAACCAGAUCGUCAAGCUCAAGUACUGCUACACCUGCAAGAUCUUCCGCCCCCCGCGGGCUUCUCACUGCAGCAUCUGUGACAACUGCGUCGACCGGUUUGAUCACCACUGUCCAUGGGUGGGCAACUGUGUGGGCAAGAGGAACUACCGGUACUUCUACCUGUUCACCCUGUCCCUCUCCCUGCUCACUAUCUAUAUCUUCACCUUUGACAUCGUCCACGUGGUGCUGGUGUGUUUCUUCACCCUGUGGUCGGUGGUGGGACUGACGGGCUUCCACACCUACCUGAUCUCUCUCAACCAGACCACCAAUGAGGAUAUUAAAGGAUCCUGGUCAGGAAAGAACAGAGUCCAGAACCCGUACAGCCACAAGAACAUCUUUAAAAACUGCUGUGAGGUUCUGUGUGGACCGGCGUACCCGAGCGUCUUGGACAGAAGAGGCCUGAUGCAGGAGGAUUCGCCUCUUUCUGCAGCCGGUGCGGGUCUCUCUGCCUUCAGCAACCCAGUGCCACAGACCACGAAAACUACCGCUCCCCUCAUCCCCAAUGAGCACACGCCCGACGACGCCAAGCCGAGCAUUGCCGCCUCAGCAGAGAAGACCCCGUCCCCCAAAGAGAAGAGCCCCGCCUCUAAAGAGGAGCAUCCUGCGGCUCCGAAGCUGCCGCCCCUGGCCUCCCCCGAGACCGACGCAGAGGCCUCUAUCACCAAGGACAAGACCCAUUAGCUGCAUGGUCCCCGGUCGGGACCUCUGGUCCACCAUGCUUACCGCCCCCGAACUGAAACGUUCCUCUCUGACUCCUGUGCUAGUGACUCAGUUAUUCCCUGACUCCACCCCUGAUGCCCGCUGGAGAACUGGAGCCUCUAAUGCGGCUCCCCCCCCCCCCCCCCCCCCCCGCCCCUCCCCUCUUCCCUCUUCCCAGCAGCAGCUGCAGAGCUCUUUGAUUGACACUCGACUCCUGAAGCAGGAGGAGUGAUUAAAAGGACGGACGCAGCUUCCUGCCCCCUGAACACUGCAUGGAAAAGACAGGCAUGGGUGAAGCUGCCGGGUUGGAGAGAGCCACACACAAAACUGUGGGCUUGUUUCUGAUUGUCAGUAAAUUUGUUUUUAAUUUAAAGUUGUAUAAUGACAUUUAUCGUGAGACCAGUUCUAAUAUCCUCUAUCUCCGGCAGACAUAGGGUAUGACUUCUGGACAUGUGUAAAACUCAAGUCAUUCAUGUUGUGCAUACAUCACAUGCCCUAUGCAAACCACAAGAAGACUGGAAAAGCAUCUUUUCGAAGUAUUUAGGCUCCAAGGUUUGAUCUCUGCGAUUACACCGAAUGCCCCUGAAUGGAGAAGAAUCUUUGGCCGAGACGUCCGCAGGCCCCUUCCAGACAAAAAUCUACCUUGUCUUCAGAUUGCUGCGUUCAGUACUGUUGUCCCUUACGUGCAACUUUAGUUUUUAACGCGACCUCAUUCAGACCAACAGCUGUCCUUAUGUUUUUAUGUUAUCAAGGAUGCGCGGUGAGGAUAGCGCUUUGAAAUAGAUCGGACUCGUUUUAACAGUUGACGUUGAGCCCCAGAAUGUGAGAGAAAAGGCCUGAUGAGCAUAGACACUCGUAGUAACAGUGCCUUAUCGAAACGGUUGCACCGCCUACAGCUGCAGAGGUCAACCAAGUCCUGAUGAGAUCAAUUAGAAAUGAAAUUACUCUUAUGGAUAAUUUAAGGAAAUAGUCUGAUCUUCUGGGGAUAAAAAAUUGUAUUUUCUUGCGGAUAGUUUUAUGAGUAGAUUGAUACCACUCAGGCAUUCGAUCUGAAGCAACUGCCAGCAGCAUCUUAGCAUUGUGACUAAUCGGAAGUGUUUUAUGAGAAAUUAGAUUAAUCUUAUGAGAUUUUCAAAGUUUAAAGUCGAUUUGACUCUCUUGGACACAAGUCGAUUCACUUUCUUGCCAUGUUGGAGGAGUAGAUUUGAAUAAUUCCCAUGUCUCUUUCAGCAGUUUAGCAUAGCUUAGCUUAGGUUAGUAUAGUUUAGUUUGGUUUAGUUUAGCCUAGCUUGACUUCUCCUAUCAACAGACAAGUCCCGCUGAUGGUGAUUGACGAAAAUGGUUUGACUUUGUGCAAAGCAAACCUUUUUUUACUUGCCGAAUUGGGUUAAAAUAUCAAAAUCAGUGUGUUGUUUGUCCAGGGAAAUAUGGUUAAAAUUGGCAGUUGCAUACUUUAGUGUUGGUGAGUCUACUGACACUGAAACAUACCUGGUUGUGUCAAAUGGGAUGAACCUUUUGACACAUUGAACAUUCAAAGGUUGGUUUAGACUUUCUAUGAAGGUUAUUUACUUUCUUGCCCAGAUGAAUUAGUAGCCAGUAUUAUUGAGACUGCCCGUUAAGUCUGAAAAUAAAGCCAACAGCUGCUUAUCAUCCAAAAACUUGGAACAACAUGUCUAAGCACAUUUAAAAAGCUCAGACUUUUUACAUUGAAUUUAGAGAUGCUGCCAGUUGUAUUUUGUUAAAUGCUGAACAGCCCUAGACAUCUAGAUUCUGCUAUUCCACCCCUCUGUCUAACCUGCCUGUUUCCUGUCCUUAAUGCUAAGCUAAGCUUUCAGAGCAGUAUGGAUCUCUUCAUUAAACUCCCAGAAAGUAAGAAAGUAGUACACAAGAAUGUCAUCUCGAAAUGGGAAAGAUAUAUAAAAAAAACAGCCUUUUUUAUUAGGUGAAACAAAAUUUUCUCCAUAAACUAUUAAAAGUUUAAAAAUCAUACUUAAAAUAAUCAUUCUUUCGAAAGGAUGUUACAGAAAACUGUAGAUCUAAGUAACUUCUUUGCCCAAAACUGAUAAAUGAUGCGAGUAAAGAAGUAAAGAAUCAAGAAAAACUAUUAUCUGUUGUACUUUUUGGAGGUGACACAUUUAACUACUCAGUGUAGAUAGAAAGGUUGGUUGUUCAGUAUCUCCUCAUGUCAGUCAAUGUGGGGCUGAUCUGUUUUUCUUUCUGCCAUCUUCUGCCUCUGAAGUAAACUCUUCCUCUCUGGAGACUCCUGCGGUCCUUCCAUGGCUCAGGCCAUUUCCAUUGCAGGCUGCUGGAGGUUAAUUUUGAUAGAAAGUCAUUCAAUUUCACAAAGUUUUUCAAAAUGGUUUUCUGUCAAAGGAGUAGGGUGAUGAGAAAGUGUCCUCAAAGAGAGGGAAAUUAGAAAAAGUCCAGCUAAUUCUUUGUGUUUAGACGAUGUUAGCUGAUAGCGAGAGUUUGUAUUAGUGGUAGUAUCGUAUGCAAGACAGAGUUUGUGUUUGUGAAUCCUGCCUGUGUAGAAAUUUAGUAUUGUAUCAGAAUUGUCUGCCCAAUAUGAAUUAUUUUACCAGUCAAAGCUCUUUAAUUUCCUUCGAAGAUAUUUCAAACUAAAAUAACACAGUCAAAACCCUUCAAUUGCUCAGUUUUGUUGAUAAUUAAUCAAGCAAAUGUUUACAUUGGAGAAUCUUCAAGUUGUAAUCUUUUAAAACUUACUGAUGGAAUUGUUGUUGUUCAUGACUCAAAAUGUAGGUAAUCUUGCUCAUCUCUACUGGGAGAUGUUGUAAUAUGUGUGGCAGUAUUUUGAUUUAGACUAUUCUCCAGGAAAUUCGGAACACUCAAGACGAUUAUCUUUCUAGUACAAAGCACUCGAUAGCUGAACUUCUUUUAUUGGAAGGCGUUUGACAACAUUUUGGUGGAUUAGAGAGUUGUUGUCACUCAGAAGCAAGAAUGUACGUUGUGAAUAUUUGAUAAGAAGGAUGUUUGUGUUUUCAAAGCACAUGUUAAAGGGACGGAUGGACUUUUAAGUUUCUGCUGACCAAGCUGAGCUCUUGUAUUUAUAAUUCUUGUGUUGAAACCAGGAUCAGAUCUGAAUGCUCUGAUCACUCUAAUGCAUUGCUUCAUGUAUACAGAUACCGUACUACAAUGGAACGCUUAUUUAUGUUCACUUGUUUUAGUAUCAACACUGUGAUUACAUGUAUUUCAUUCAAUUUACUUCACUUCUUUUUACAUGAUCAAUGUGUCUGUUAAAUAAACAGCAAUGUCUUAUAAUAAAGUGUCUUUUUAAGGAUGUUCAUUUCAGU